AUGACUCUGAGUGUUAGCGGCUCAGAACAAGAGGAACAACAGAAGGUACAACAAGGGGAACAACAGAAGGUACAACAGGAAGAACAAGAGGAACAACAGAAGGGACAACAAGGGGAACAACUGGAGGUACAACAGGAAGAACAAGAGGAACAACAGAAGGGACAACAAGGGGAACAACAGGAGGUACAACAGGAAGAACAAGAGGAACAACAGAAGGGACAACAAGGGGAACAACAGGAGGUACAACAGGAAGAACAAGAGGAACAACAGAAGGGACAACAAGGGGAACAACAGGAGAAACAUCAAGAGGAACGACAGGAGGAACAACAAGAGGAACGACAGGAGGAACAACAAGAGGAACGACAGGAAGAACAACAGGAAGUACAACAAGAGGAACGACAGGAAGUACAACAGGAGGAACGACAGGAAGUACAACAGGAGGAACGACAGGAAGUACAACAGGAGGAACGACAGGAAGUACAACAAGAGGAACGACAGGAAGUACAACAGGAGGAACGACAGGAAGUACAACAGGAGGAACGACAGGAAGUACAACAAGAGGAACGACAGGAAGUACAACAAGAGGAACGACAGGAAGUACAACAGGAGGAACAAGAGGAACGACAGGAAGUACAACAAGAGGAACGACAGGAAGUACAACAAGAGGAACGACAGGAAGUACAACAAGAGGAACGACAGGAAGUACAACAGGAGGAACAAGAGGAACGACAGGAAGUACAACAGGAGGAACAGCUACCACAAAACUAA